CGGAGGAUCUCCUUCGUAACCGAGCCGGCCAUGAAGAUCUCCAUGGCAGAAGAGGAAGCUGCUGCGGUGCACGGCAAUGGAGAUUCCGAUGAAAAAGUUCUUGAAUUUCUUGAUUCCUUGGAGGGUUACCUAACCCUGAUGGAAUCUCUGGCUUCAACACUUCGUCAGGGGUGGUUUGAAUUAGCCAGUGCUAGACAUUCGAUGGGUGUUUCGCGUGUCAGCAGUGCUUCAUUGGACCUCAAAGACCAUUUGGCUUCGACAUAUUUGGAGAUGACCCAACACGAAUUUGACGAGUCCAUUAUGAGGCAGCCUCAGUUUAGCUUGCGUAAAUGGGCUUCCUUCGAAAAUGGGAUCUGUUCCUCUGGAGAAGAAAAACCCGACAGUCCUCAGCUGCGACAGCGGUGUCCAUCCCAGAUUUCCGAAAAUCAGGAGGAUCUCUCGAAAAGCGAUGGUUCUCAUACGACAGUUGAUGACCUAGUAAGUGUCAAGAAGGAGCGAUCUAAAUCACUCUCGGUAUUUGGAACUUUGGUAUCUCCGAAGCUGCGGGCUGCUCAAGCUUCUUUCGAGACAGCAUUGGAUAUACUUGUAGAGGUUGCAAACUUGCGUUCUUCUAUGCUAUCCGCACGCAAUCAAGUCCAGAGAGGAAUCGAGGAAACAAGAAAAUGAGAAAUGGGCUCUCGAAGGUGCAGCAGUAACAGAUAUUCGACAUCCUAAAGGUUCACCAGCCUCAUUAGAAAACACAAGAAGCACUCUCGCAGGGUGAAAAAUCUCUGCUUGUUUGUUCUUCAAUAAUGGCAAUACAUAUAUGAACCUGUGGCCAUCAGAAAAAUCUUCUUUAUCCUUCAGCAUGCGAAGCUCCUCUCGUAUAUCUUACUUAUUUUUGAAGCGCGAGAAUUUACCGUUUGUACCAGGAUGAUUCUCUUCUCUUGUACAAUCUGUACCACUUCUCUCUACUCUAGCCCCAUGUACAAGUUAAUUGAAGAUCCAAAUUUUUGUAGUUCGACUUGUGUAGUUUCAUUGGUACCGGUUGAUAGCUA